CAGGCACUCCUUAGAAACCCUAUAGGGCAGUUCUACUCUGUCCUUUAGGAUCGCUAUGAGUUGAAAUCAACUUGAUGGCAAAGGGUUUUUUUUUUUUUCUCACAUUCUCCAUAUUAACAAUGAACAUUAAACAUCUUUCUAUAUUAAUAUUCUUCUCUAUGUUGUUUUUUAAAUUUUUAUUAUGUUUUAGGUGAAAGCUUACAUAGCACAUUAAGUUUCCAUUUAACAAUUUUUAUACAAAUUGUUCCAAGACAUGGGUUACGAUAUUCACAGUGUGUCAGCAUUCUCAUUAUUUCCAUUCUGUUUGUUCUGUUUACAUUGAUCUAACUUUCCUGCCCACCCUUUCAUCUUUGCUUUUGGGUAAAUAUUGACCUUUUGCUCACAUAUAGUGGAUUCUUUAAGGGAUUACAUUAAUUAAGAGUUACAUUGUUUAUUUUAUAAGUCAAUCUAUUAUGGGGCUAAAAGAAGGCCUCCAAGAGUGGCUUCAUUUCCAAGUUCCAAGGGUAUCUUAGGGCAGUAGUUUUGGGGGUUUCUCUAGUCUCUAUUGGUCUAGUAAGUCUUGCGUUUUUUAGGAAUUUGAAUUUCACACAAGUGUAUUUUUAGGUCACAAUCAGGGUAAAAUUUUACUUAGGCCUUUGUCUCUCCAGGGCAGAAUAAUAAACUUUUCUGAUUUUCUUCCUUCAGGAAAAUGGAUCCAGCCUUCCAGAAAGAACUCACCUGCUUCAUCUGCUUGAACUACCUUACAGACCCUGUCACCAUAGGCUGUGGGCACAACUUCUGUAGGCCCUGUCUCUGCCUUUCCUGGGAAGAAGCUGAAACUUCUGCCUGUUGCCCACUGUGCAGGGAAACAUCAGAGCAGACAGCAUUCAAAACCAAUAUUCUUGUGAAGAAUCUGGUGUCCCUUGCCAGACAAGCCAGCCUCUGGCAAUUCCUGAGCUCUGAGGAACAGAUGUGUGGGACUCACAAAGAGACAAAGAAGAUGUUCUGUGAAGAGAGCAAGAACCUGCUCUGUUUGCUCUGCUCUAACUCUCAGGAGCAUGAGGCUCACAGACACUGUUCCAUAGAAUGCGCUGUUGAGGAAUACCGGGAGAAGCUCCGAAAGCAAAUGAGAUCUUUAUGGGAAAAUAUUCAAAACAAUUGGAGAAAUCUGAAUGAGGAGAGCCUAAUUAUCAAGCUGUGGAUAUAUUAUGUGUUUCUACUGUCAGAGAUUAUCAGGUCUGAGUAUCAGAAAUUGCACCCGAAUCUCCUUGAGGAAGAAAAUCAACAUUUAGAGGGACUGAAAAAUGAAGGCAAGAAGAUAUUUCAGCAACUGAAGAAAAGUGAAGCCACAAUGGUUCAAAAGGGGAGGCACCUGAGAGAAAUGUAUGAGGAGCUGAGGAAUAUGUGCCAUAAAUCAGAUGUGGAGUUGCUCCAGGAUUUGGGAGACAUAUUGACCAGGAGUGAGUCUGUGCAGCUGGACAUGCCCCAGCCUGUGAACCCAGCGCUCAGUGCUAGGCCCAUCACUGGCCUGAUAGACAGGUUCCGGCAGUUCCGAGUGGAAAUUUCCUUCCGUUAUGAAAUAAGCAGUCAGAAUAUCAUGGUGUUUGAUGACGUGAGAAGUCUGAGGCUAAGACGUGACCUUCAAGAGGUGCCUUUUCCUUCUAGAAGAUCUCAGUACUUUGCUGCAUGGGGGGACCAGGCCUUCACCUCUGGAAAACAGUACUGGGAGAUAGAUGUGGAUGACUCUUGGGACUGGGCUGUAGGAGUCUGUAAGGAUACCUGGUUAAGGAAGAAUGGCUCACUGGUUGAAUCUGAGAACGUAUUUCUUCUUUUAUGUGUGAAGGAUGUUAAUCGUUACAAUCUCUUGACCACUUCCCCAGUGUUUCCUCAGUAUAUAGAGAAACCUCUGGGGCGAGUUGGUGUGUAUAUAGAUUUUGACAGUAGAAGUAUGAGUUUUGUUAAUGUUGCCAAAAGUUCCCUCAUAUGGAGAUACCCAGCCUGCUCCUUCAAUUACCCUCUCAGGCCUUUCUUUUGUACUGGCCACACAUGAUAGUGGUGAAUUCAGGAACCUGGAAACUCCAUAUCUGAGGGAGUCCUUCUCAGUUGAAGCUGAUCAAUAAUAUUUUAUUGUCUUUUAUUUUGUUCUUCUUUAAAGUAACAUUUUGUUGUUAUUAACUAUGAAAAAAAGUUGGAAAUGAAAACUUUCGCUAGUUCAAUUUUUUUUAAUUAAAAUCAUCUCUUUUGGCACAUUACAUUGCAUAUAUACUGUGAUUAUUCACUUGUUUUAUGAGCUUGCUGGAGUUAGAAGCAUAUAUAACAAAAACUUUGAAAGCUGGAACUUGAGGGGACUGCCUUGUAUUUCGAUCUUUGUUAAGUGGAUGGAAAAUUGUUAAAAACUUCUUGGGGGUGGUGUCUGACCUCCUCCAGCCCCACAAGAGGAUAGGGAAACCAAGAUCAACAGCGCAAAGUUGACUCCCAGGAGGCAGAGGCCAGACAAGUCUCCUCUCUCUACCAUCUUUACUAAUUCUGAAACAAACCACCCCUCACACAGCACUCUCUACUUCUCUGCUGGAUGCAAUAAUUCUUUGCAAUGGCCACACAGAACUCAGGCUAUACUCAGGAUUAUAGGGUUUCUUAUAAGGGAAGUAACAAUUACAAUUCAGGCCCUGGAACAUUCAAGAUAAGAGUCUUCCAUCAGGAUAGCCUCUUCCCAGCCGUGCUCACAAGUUUGAUUCUCCUUGGCCCUCAGUCUCUGCCCAAAGGCACUCAACUUUGUCUUCUGUGGAUUGGGAAGCUACUGUACCCUCUCCUGCUGCUAGGUCUCUGCUGCUGGGUCUCCCCUGUUUGUCUCUCCUUCCUUGGUGGUGGUGGGUUCCUCUCUGCUCUGGCUCCCUCUUAAGGCAUAACUGACCAAUCCCCUUGGUAGGCCACAAUUAGCCUAUCACACAAUCAACUGAGUGUGAGUUCCCAGAUCAUGGCUAGAAAGGCCAUACACAAAAAUAAUUAAUCACACAGCAAAAAUAUUUGAUUUUUCCUCCUGACAGGUUUUACACUUAUAUGGGUUCCAGCUUUCACAGAUUUUACUGUAUGAGUGUG